CUGCAUCCUGCAUCCUGCAACGGUAGAAACGUUCUAACCAAAAGGCCCCUACCCCGGCGAGUCCUUGGCUGGAGCCGGUGAUAACGCCCAUCGUCAUCGCUAGUCGCGGGAGUGUCGAUAAAUGAGGCCUGUUGUUUCCCACUAAGUACUGUGUACUGUCCCCAUGCCAGAAUACGGCCUGUCCACUCACGAGUGGGAACCCUGAACCGCUAAACCGCGACUUGAGCCGCAGUGACAUCGUCAGACCGGACAAUGACAGAUGUCAGUGACGAACGGGCAAGGCGCAUGCCGCCGAGGUCCAGAUCCAACUUUGCAGCAAAAACCGCAGCUGAUGCCUCUCAACGGCUGCAUCGACGUUCCUUUGCCCAAAGCUCGCCACCGCCCAAUGAGCAGACUCCACUACUGGACGGUGCCCCGGACGAGAAUGUCAAAGAGGAAGAGCACGGAGUCGAAUGGCUGAGAAGCUGGUUCUGCAACACAUUUCACCUCUCGAGAUCCAAGUCGACCUCAAGCAGUCAACAUGGCCGCUGUCGAGCGACCAGCGAGGUUUCAAAACCUCGCCCAGGCGCCUUCCCACGACCUGUGGGAGGCACUGACAAGCUGGGCACAUUCGCUGGCGUCUUUGUGCCUGUCACGCUUAAUGUGCUGAGCAUCUUGAUGUUCCUGCGAUUUGGUUUCAUUUUGGGACAGACCGGUCUAGUAGGCAUGAUGGGCAUGCUUGUGGCUGGCUACGCCAUCAAUCUUCUCACCACAAUGUCCAUCUCCGCCAUUGCGACCAACGGUACUGUACGAGGCGGAGGGGCAUACUAUCUGAUCUCCCGCAGUCUGGGUCCUGAAUUCGGCGGAUCCAUCGGCAUUGUAUUCUACCUCGGACUUGUGUUCAACACCAGUCUCAAUGCUGUCGGUCUCAUCGAUUGCUCCGUCGAAAAUUUUGGCAGCCGCACUGGGUCCAUGUCCCAGUGGAUGCCUCAGAGCUACUGGUGGCAGUUCCUCUGGGCGACAAUGGUACUCCUAGUGUGCACGCUUAUCUGCUUAGCCGGCAGUGGGUUGUUUGCCCGCUGUAGCAAUGGCUUACUAGUCGUACUGCUGGUAGCCAUCAUCAGUAUACCCGUAUCAGCGGUGGUCAAAGACCCUUAUGUGGACGAGAAGCACGGCAUCGUCUUCACAGGUGUCAGUCUUGAUACUCUGCGCGAGAAUCUGAUGCCGAAAUUCACCAAAGGUGCUGCUGGCAGCGUCACCAAACACCGUGAGAACUUUCAGGACCUGUUUGGCGUCCUCUUUCCCGCCGUGAGCGGAAUUUUGGCGGGAGCCAGCAUGUCUGGAGAUCUGAAGCAUCCGUCGAAAGCCAUUCCCAAAGGCACGCUGUACGGACUUGGAUUGACCUUUUGCUUGUACACCAUAGUCAUUGUCGCAAUGGCAGCGUCCACCAGCCGAGAGUCUUUCUACAACAACACCAACGUCAUCCAACUCACCAAUAUCUCUGGCGUGGUCAUCUUACUCGGCGAGUACGCUACGUCACUCUUCUCGGUUCUUAUGGGUGUCAUCGGCUCUGCGAAACUACUUCAAGCACUUGCGCGCGACCACCUGGUUCCCGGAUUGUCUGUCUUCGGCCAAGGCACCAAGACGAAGGAUGAGCCCGUUUACGCCAUCGUCUUCACGUAUGUUCUCGCGCAGCUGACCAUGUUCGCCGACAUCAACCAGAUCGCCUCGUUCAUCACGAUGACCUACCUGAUGACAUUCCUUGUAACCAACUUAGCCUGCUUCCUGUUGAAAAUAGGUUCUGCUCCAAACUUUAGGCCCUCCUUCCACUUCUUCAAUUGGCAGACUGCAGCAGUAGGCACUCUUGUUUGCGGUACGACUAUGUUCUUCGUGGAUGGCUUCUACGCUUCCGGCUGUGUAGUCUUGCUACUGGCAGUAUUUAUCCUUAUCCACUACACGACUCCACCCAAGCCGUGGGGCGAUGUGAGCCAAGGCCUCAUUUAUCACCAAGUGCGGAAAUAUCUACUCCGUCUACGGCAAGAGCAUGUCAAGUUUUGGAGACCACAGAUCUUGCUGCUGGUCAACGAUCCACGACGUCAGUACAAGCUUAUUCAGUUCUGCAAUUCACUCAAGAAGGGUGGAUUGUUCGUACUCGGACACGUCAUUGUCUCCGAAGACUUUGGCGAAGCUGUACCUGAGGCGAGGCGGCAACAAGCGCUGUGGCUCAAAUACAUUGACUUCUCCAAGAUCAAGGCAUUCGUCAAUGUUGCCAUCUCUCCUGCUGUGGAGUGGGGUGCUCGCAACCUAGUCCUUAGUGCAGGCCUAGGUGGUAUGAGGCCGAACAUCGUGGUCAUGGGCUCCUACAACCUUACUGAGCUCAGGGACACGCAGCCUAGCCUAGGGAUCCCAUCACCUCAGCCAUCGCGACCAACAAGCAAAUCGGCGAAUCACUCGAUAUCACGCAGAGCCAUUACAGCAGCGGCCCGCCGCAAGCAGGUUGACAAUCUCAGUGAGAUGCUUCCUACCGACACUAUCAGACCGGAAGGAUCGGUGGGGAUCCAGAGCUACGUCACGACUAUCGAGGACCUAGUACUGAGACUUCAGAUGAACGUUGCUAUUGCGAAAGGAUUCAAGGCCCUCGAAGUCCCACCUGCUCGACCACCAAUGAUGAAGCGUGCGCUUGGCCAAUGGGGGCUUGCGGACGUGGAGGUUGAUGAGCCAAACAAGAAGUAUAUCGACCUGUGGCCAAUACAAAUGUCAGCCGAGGUUGCUACUGCGGGCGACGAUCACAGCCGCAAGAACGUCUUGACAACAAACUUCGAUACGUACACACUGAUCCUUCAAUUAGGGUGUAUUCUGCACACUGUGCCGUCUUGGAAACGAUCAUACAAAUUGAGAAUUUGUGUAUUCGUCGAGUAUGAAUCUGACGUCGAGGAAGAGCGAGGAAGAGUCACAACGCUGCUGCGUAACCUGCGCAUUGAAGCAGAGAUCAUUGUCCUCUGGCUCGCAAGCGGCGAAUUGAGCAUGUAUGAAGUCAUUGUCAACGGACAAGACGAAGGUACUUACGAGCAGGCGGCUAAAGACGUCGACUUCUCACUAGAAGAUGAGCGGUGGUGGCAAGAGAUCAAGAAGUUACGCCAACCAAAUUCGAUGAGUGCAAGUGAAGAAUUUGCACAGGCCACAGAUCUUCUCGAAGCCGUGCAUCAAUGGCCAACGGCAUCUUUCCAGCAUGGAAGACGAGACAUCAGGCCGAAGCGAUUCGCUGCCUUGCAAAAGAUGCUCCGACGAGCCAAAAGAAGAGCUUCAGUCAGCGACGUCAGAGAGACCGGUGCCAAUGCUGGCAUGCGUACUCAAAAACUCCCUGCAGGUCUCUUACUUGAAGAUGUCACUGAUUCUGACGCUAACACCAGUGGUGGCGAUGAGGCCGAUGACGAAGCAGCAAUCACAGAAAGCGAAGCAGGCGUGAGCGGCAGCAACUUCGACGAAUACGACCUGGACGCCUCAGAAGAUGAGAGCGAUUUCUCAGACGCAAACCGACCGCACUCACUGGGUAGAUCGAAAACCACGCCUGCUGGAGUGGGCAUACCCUUCUUUUCAAAGAAGCUCGACCUCCGCAAGGCAAUCUGGAAGGGCUCACCUAAAAAUUCCUUGCCCAGAAACAGUCGUCCAACAAGUGAUACCAACACACCACUCAGGCCGCAUUCCGAAGCCUCAGCUUCCGACACCGCCAUCCUGCACCCCAGACAUGGUCACAGCAAAGCCAGAAGCGCCGCAAGCAGCACAUCGCAACUCUCGACCUCGCAAAUCUCCACCGCCUCCCGCGCCCCAGUGAUCCGCGACCCCGAGUCCCUCCCCAAAUUCUCCUCCAACCCCGUCCCGCGCACAGCCAUCGCCCGAGAAGAAGCUCCCGGCCCCUCGAUAAUGUUCGUCGACACGCCCGCAGCAACCCUCGACCAAGACCCCCUGGCAACCGCCCAACUGCCCCCUGACAGCCCUACGCCCUCACUGAGCCACUUCACGUCCUCGCUGCAGCACUCCCCCGCGCCAUCACCCUCCCCCGCGACGCCACAGACGCGCGCCACGGCCUCGUCUGCCUCGGGCGCCGCAUCGCCCAAUCCCGGUGUGGUGGGUCUCGCGUCGGGGUUCCCUGCGCAGCAGUCUGUGCCGCUGAGCUUCAACGAUCUGCCGUGUCGCGCGCAGCAUCUCGUUAUCAACGAGCUGAUUAGGUCGCAGAGCGCGGACACGGCAGUCGUUUUUACGACGCUGCCGAGUCCGAUGCUGGGCACGUGUCGCAGCGAAAUGGAGAGUGUUAGGUAUGUGAGUGAUUUGGAGGUUUUGACUGAGGGGCUGGGGCCGGUGUUGUUAGUUAGUGGGGGGAGUAUGACUGUGACUAUGAAUUUGUAGAGGGUGGGAUGAGAUUGGAGACGGUGGGUGAUGGGUGGGUAGAAUGUUGGCGUGGAAUGGUUAGUAGAUCGAUAACAGACG